UAAGUAGGAAUGGGCAGCGUCUGGCCACAUGCGGCACACCUUUUCCAUUUGCUAACUCGGCCCGGAGAGGCUGGGAGGAAUCCUUCACGCCUUACCCCGGGAGAGAAGCCACUGAGACCCUCCUAAGGCACCAUGCAGCUGCUUCAGGUGACUGCACUUCUCCUCCUCCUGUGCAACCGUGUCUGCCGCAGUGAGGCCAGCGAAGAUGUUCAAAAUAAAUCGACUCCAUCACUGCCAGAAACUUCUACAACAAAAUUAUCUGUCACAACCCCAGGCAACAUGUCAGUAACAAACCCUGUCAACAACGCAAAGGAUGGAACAGCUCCUACAGGAAUAUCUAAUGGUGAAUUACCCGAGCCUCCUUUGACUCCAGCACCUAACUCACUGACAACAGUAAAACAUGAAGAAAAAACAACUCCUAGUGUCAUAAAGAACCAAGAUCUCACUACAAACACAACAGUGCCAAAUCUUCUUCUUUCAAAUGCUACUUCAACGCUACCAAGUUCCCAGCACAAAACUGAGAAUCAGAGUUCAAUCAAAACACCAGAAGUUCCAGGUACCACUCAACUGCCAGAUGCCUCGCCUAAAACCACCGCAUCACCCUCGGCAUCACUAACAACUCCAAAAAGCAUCUCGCACGUUCAGGCAGACACUGAGGAUGGAAAGAUCACAGCCACUUACGCCAGUGUUAUUUUGCCUGUGGUCAUCGCCCUGAUUGUCAUAACCCUCUUGGUAUUUACUCUGGUGGGUUUGUAUCGGAUGUGCUGGAAGAGAGACCCAGGUGCUCCAGAAAACGGGAAUGAUCAGCCUCAGUCCGAUAAAGAGAGUGUGAAGCUUCUCACUGUUAAAACAAUCUCUCACGAGUCUGGUUUAAUCUUCAGCUUCCAAGAUUAAGGUGGAGAGGAGAGAGUCCUGAGGAACCAACGCCAACUCACAGUCUCCUCACCAGUCUGCACCAGCUGCCCAUCUCAGCAAAGGAUGGACGUACUACAACCCGGCAGAAACAUAAAGUCUUCUAGAUAUCUCCUGUCUGAGACAUAGAAAAUCAAAUGACUCUAGUUUUCUGGGACGUUUCUAGGAGGAACUUCUGUGAGCAGUGACCCCUCAGCCCAGGCAGGUGGGCUCCAGGGAGAUAAGUCAUAGCUGAGUUUAGAGUUUCCAGGGCUUACAGCCUUGAUCCAUGAAGAUCUGCCUGUAUUCUUUGUGUUUUCAUAUUAGUUAGUGUUAGUAUUUAUUGUUUCCCACUAUGUUAAUGCGGGGAGAUUUUGCAAGUGUGAUGUCAAAUGUUAAGUAGAAAUCAUACCAUGUUCCUCUGUACAGACAGGUAUGUUAUUCAUGUUUUCAUGUGUUACUUUUAAUAAGUGAUGGCUGUACUCAGCACAUUAAACAUUACAU